GGUGGGGGGAGGGACGAAGGGCUUGUUUUCCAGUGGUCACCUCCAGGAAAGCUCCCAACCAGAGCCAGGCCCAUGGGUGAGAGCACUUAAAAGAGGGCAUGGUAUGAAAAGAGUUGAGGUGCACGACAUCGGAGAGAGCGAGAGAGAAGAAGAGCCAGCUUUCACAAAACCAGGAAAACCAAUUUUUAUAUACAGAACCGACAUCAGUGCCCUGGAUUUUCCUCCUGCCAUCCGAGAAGUCGCCAUGGCACUACUGAUAAAUCAGUGGAUAUAUUUGGUUGCUCUAUCACUGACAGUGACCACGAGCCAUGCUUUGAGAAGAAUUACCCUGAAAAAGAUGCCAUCUAUUAGAGAGACUCUGCAGGAGCUGGGAGUUUCUGUAGAGCAGGUGAUGACUGAGCUGGCCCAGAAGAGCAUAGCUCACACCAACAACGGAACUGUUCCCACGCCGCUAACCAACUAUUUGGAUACGCAGUACUUUGGAGAAAUCAGUAUUGGCUCUCCAGCCCAGAUGUUCAAUGUGGUGUUUGACACAGGCUCCGCCAACCUGUGGGUGCCCUCGCAAAGCUGCUCACCGUUCUCCACUGCCUGUUUUACUCACAACAGGUAUGAUGCUUCCAAAUCCUGGACUUACAUUGAGAAUGGAACAGGAUUUUCCAUCCAGUAUGCCUCUGGAAAUGUCAGGGGAUUCCUGAGCGAGGAUGUGGUUGUGGUUGGUGGCAUCCCAGUAGUGCAAGUGUUUGCUGAAGCCACGGCUCUGUCUGCCAUGCCCUUCAUCUUUGCCAAGUUUGAUGGAGUGCUGGGGAUGGGAUACCCCAACGCGGCCAUUGAUGGCAUAACCCCAGUGUUCGAUCGUAUCAUGUCUCAACACGUCCUCAAAGAAGACGUUUUCUCCAUCUACUACAGCAGGGACCCAAAACGCUCCCCAGGCGGAGAGCUUGUCCUCGGUGGAACAGAUCCAAACUACUACACUGGAAGUUUUAAUUAUAUGAACACCAGACAGACAGGCAAAUGGGAACUUACCAUGAAAGGUGUUUCUGUGGGGAGGGAGAUGAUGUUUUGCGCAGAGGGCUGCACAGCUGUGAUUGACACGGGCUCCUCCUACAUCACAGGCCCGGCCUCCUCUGUGUCCGUGCUGAUGAAAACCAUCGGAGCACAGCUGGAUGAAAGUGGAUACAAAGUCAACUGUGAUACUGUGAAGACGCUACCCAGUGUCACGUUCCACCUCGGUGGCCAGGAAUACUUGCUUACACAGGAGGAUUAUAUAUUAUGGCAAUCACAGAUCGAAGGGGAAGUCUGCACCGUCACCUUCAGGGGCUUGGAUGUGCCGCCCCCUACAGGUCCCAUAUGGAUUUUGGGAGCCAACUUCAUUGCACGCUACUACACAGAGUUUGAUCGCCGCAAUAAUCGGAUAGGGUUUGCCACAGCAGUCUGACAGGAAUUUAAAUAUUCACAACAUUCUUCUGUUUUCUUGUUGUUUUCGUUGCUAUCUCCUGAUGUUUUUAAUUUUAGUCCGGGUCUUCCCUUGCUUGGUUUUUACGUGAACACAUGACCUGAAUAAGUCGUAUUAAAGAAAUUGUAAGGGAUGCAUAUUAAGGAAUGUCAUCCUCACAUUUCUUGCAUGCAUGCAUGCAUUCCUUUUCUAUAUUUGGGAACCAGUUGCACUAAACCCCUUCUGAAUAUGCAUUCACCAACAAAUACAAUGUUUCUUUCUGUGUGA